AUGAGGUCUCAGGCUCUAAAGGCUCCAGAUUUUGCAGGCGUGAGUUUUGUGUUGUGUUUUGUCAGCGUCUACGUCAGAGUUGUCAUUGACGCCCUUCGCGAUGCGGGAGCCGAUAACACGAGCCAUAGUCAAGCCCCGCCAAUACUUGACAUCGCCAACACCUCAGCGCAAACUUGA